CGUGCUCCAAUGAUGCAUAAAUCUAUGAGUAACGGAAAAGGAUACAAAAUCAGGAAGUUCUAUCUUUGUAGAUCUACAAACAGUUUUACUGUUUAACAAAGAUACAAAAUGGCUGUAUCAGGGAGAAAAGCGCAACAAGAAUUUUCUUCAUCUUUAUCUAAAGGCUCGGGGGAAGACUAUGAAAUAUUUUGUCAACCAUGUGACCGAGAUAACCUUAUUCUUCCAGCCUAUGGGUUCUGCACAGACUGUGAAGAACACCUCUGUGAGUCUUGUUUUAACCAUCACAGACGGGCAAAACCCUCCAGACACCAUACCCUCCUGGAUGCACAUAACAUGCCACAGACUCUACAAGUUCCAUCAAAAUCUGCUCAAAUGGUUCAGUCUAGUGAUCUUACAACACCUUGUCCUGAACACAAGAAAGAAAUUAUCAAAUUCUACUGCAAAGAUCAUGAAGCACUUCUAUGCAGUGUAUGUGUUACCCUUGACCAUACAAAAACAUUUUGCCAAGUCAGCUAUAUACCAGAUAUAUCUAAGCAGAGCCUAAGCAGCAAAGAGUACACAGAUACUCUGAAAGGUCUGGGCAACUUAACUGAUACAAUUAAGAAGACACAAACAGAUCUAAGGGAAAAGACAUUAAGCUCUAAUAAGUCAUUGACCGAUGUUCUGGCAGACAUAAAGAAGUUCAGACAGGAGAUGAUAAAGAGAUUAUAUGAACUAGAAAAGGAAGCAGAAGAUAUGACAAAGUCCCUACAACAGGAAAAUGACACAAAACUUAAGACUGCAGAAACAAUUUGUAAUGAUGUCACAAAGUCACUUAAAACCUCAUUUGAAUCCAUUCAACAAUUCAAUGCCUCCAAACAAGCAGACAGACUUUUUAUGCAGCUCAAAUUUGCUGAGCAACUAAUUAAAGACAGUAAGAAAAGGCUCUCACUGCUGGUGUCACCUGAAGCAUAUCACUUUCAACCAAAUUCAGCUAUAGUCUCCUCUUUACAGGAAGGAAAAUCUUUGGGAACAAUAACACAUGAGAUACUCGGUGAGAAACAGGGUUAUAUUCAACGUUUUUCCGAACAUGGGAUUGAUUGGGGUUACCGUAUUAACAAGAAAGAUGCUAUUGUAGUUGAAGCGAGUCAAGAUGUAAGAAUUGAUUUUAUUUACGUUUACGGAAAUUGCAAAGUUGACGGCAAUAUGGAAGUGUUGCUGGAAAUUCAAGAUGAAAGGAAUAAUAUAAUUUCGUCAACAGAAGCAAAUGUUGGAUGCAGGGUAACCAAACCGACAUACGAAAUAGGAGUUGAAAACGAAAAUGGCUCCUACGGUGUAAGACUGAAUGCGGGUGAAGAAUAUCAUAUUAUUCUCACAAUAAAGGCAGAUAACAGUUACUAUGGAAAAGGCGGAAAAUCGAAAUGCUCUGCUGAAGGUGUUGAUUUUGUGUUUAAAAAUAGUCGGUUCUCAUCAAAUAAUACAAGCGUUUCGACUGGUCAGCUAGCAGGUUUUAAAUUUGCUAUUUGUUAAAGAUGGUUUCAAUUGUUGUAUGAGACUGGCAAGAGUGUGGGCAAGACAAUUUAUUGAUAUAAACAAAGUUUUAACAUGAACUAAUUGUUGGACACAGUCAAAACUUACACCAUUUUAAAAUCAGGGAAAGCUCCAAAGCUUAUUCAUCUAUACUGCCAUACUUUACGUAUAUUUGAACUUGCUAAGAAAGAUUAGCAAUGUUGUAAGAUCUAGAAUUACGAUGAUUUAUUCAGUAUGUAGUCAAAGAUGACUGAAUGAGAGGAAGGAAAUGAAACACUACUUGUUUGUGAAAUCAUUAAAAUGCAGAAACUAAACGUCAAAGUCAAUAGAUUGGAUCAUUUACUCCCUUUGGAUUCAAGCCUGACUUUGGUUGUAACUCUCAUUAUUUGGGCCAGCUGUGGAAGGUCAUUUGAAUAGCAGAACUAUGAAUACUAUAUAUAGUUGCAUGUCUGCACAUUCAGUGAAUUUUGUAUAUGCUAGUUUGAAAUAUGUAUAUAUAGAAAUGAGAAUGUUUUCUGAAAUCACUAGCUUUAAUCAUAAUUUACCAUUAUUAUAAUGUAUGUCAUUACUUAUAUUAAUUUAUAUUCUAUUGAUUUUACAAUGUAAUGUACAGUAAGUUGUGUAUUGUAGUGGAGAUUGUUUCCAGAUUAUUCUCCUGCUUAAUGUAUUAUAUUGCAUAUCUAAUCUGCUAUCCAUUCUUGUUUAUGUUGGUGAGUAGUAUUGCAAUGUAGAAAGCUCCUUCAGCCAAGUACUAUAGUAAAACUAUUUUACUGUUCUAUAUAUAAAAAAUCUUCGAUUUAUAAAAUGCAUCCAGUUUGUAAUGGAUGUUUUCUGCCGAUAAAUGACAUAUCAGCAAAUUUAUUUUUGCUUUGUUCUCAUGGGACCUCAUCUGACAUGCAGAAUUAUGGUAUACAAAUGUAUGAGUUUGCUUUUACUGCCAUCUUAAUAUUUUGUGUCUUGUCUGAUAUAAGAAAGCAACAACCUGUUGGUCGAACCAUAGUAGCAAUUUUGUCUUGACGUCUGGGACUGCUGUACAGUCAGUUCUAGGUUAGUUUUUGAUAAUACUGUAAAAUCAGAUAUAGUUGCAAAGUUAAAAUUAAAUUUGACUUAAUUUUCAUGGUAGAAUAUUUGCAGUAAAUGAACAAGUGCAAUACAGUUAAGGCUUUUUAUAACGUAUUAUAAUAACAAUAUUUUCACGAGUAGUUCUUUUCACAAAUAUUUACCAUUAUUGAAAAAAGUAAAAAUAAAUCCUUCGCAAAAAAUUCUGAUUUUACUGUAAUUGAUCAAACUUGCUUAGAGAUAGUACUGCUUUGUAGAUAGGAUGUAAAUGAAAGGUUAAAAGAUUGUCAGAUAUUUUAUAUUUAUUCUUUCAAUGACAAUGACUCAUUCCAGUAAAAUAAUAAAGUCUUUAUUUAAUGAGGCAACACAGUUGGGUGUACCCAGUCUUCCCUGUGAGCCUCAAAUGUAUAUACAUUUUGUAUAUACAGUAAACACAAAUUAACAAAUUAAAGUAAACAAAGACAUGAAGGGAUUAUAAUGCAAAAUAGCAUAAAUAAGAGGAUUACAUGAAAUCUACAUAAGGUAUGUGUAUAUCUAAAGAUCAAUUCAGUCCCUCAUUUUGUUUUAACAUUGCCUAGCAACAAUGUGGCAGCCUUUUUGAUAAAAUAUAAAAAUUGAUGUUCCUUCUUUCUCAUUUUAAACUGCUUUUGGAAAUUACUCACUGUCUUAAAUAGUGAAAGAAGACUAAACAAACUGAUUAGAACUAUAACAAAAUUGUCUUUCCCUUUAACAAAUUAUAAUAAUUGUGAAAUAGAUAAUGUUUAAAUGUUAUUGUUGAAUUGUAAUUUUUCAUAUUAUAAAUUAACUAUAUAUUAUGCAUGUAUGGUAUUCACACUUUCUAACAUGUCUGGAUUUGUUUGAUAGUUAACUGAAGAUGGAAGGCAAGCAUUUUAUAUUCUGCAAUAAACAGUGGUUGACAUGUGGACUGGGGAGAGAACGUUAUGAUAUCAAAUAGCUGCAUGGCGGCCAGUUCAUUACUGCUCAGAUGAAUGAACUCCAGCAUAACUUUUGUCAUCAUGUUUUAAUGAGCAUGUUAGAAUUGAAAUAAACAAUGCCAUUGUGUGGUUUAUUGUCUGAUUUAGCAUGAUUCACAGGUCAGAUGCUAGGAUAUUUAAUCAUGCUAAUGCUCCUUUGCAUCUGAACUCUGAACUGUUGUAUAUCAGAAGAUAAACAAUGCAAAGGCCUCAAUUAUUUUAUAAACAAAGUGAAAAAGCAUAGCUCAGUAAGUAGUAUGUUAACUGCCAUAUUUUAAACUUUGAUAUUAGAGUGUAAGAACAGUGUCAUAUUUUAUUAUGACACUAUCAGCAAAUGCCUGAAGGAUACCUUAAAUUAUUCUUCCUUUCUGUCAAUCAUUUUUAAACAUUUUAGCUGUUUUUAAUCUGUUUGGUAUGAUUUAAUGCGCAUACCUUUGGAUUACAACAGUGAUUUCAGUUAAGAGGAAAUUAUAUUGAACUUACUAGAGAUAGAUUUGAUAUAAAAAAAAAAUGAGUUUUAUUGUGACUAAAUUCUGGACUUUAUGUUACAUGUAUGUGUAAAUUUAAAAAAAUGUCUACAAUUCUACAAAGAGUUGAUAUUCCUGCCAUUAGAGCCCUGAGCCACAUUGGUACACUUAUGAGAAUUAGUAGCAUUGUUGUUGAUGAUACUACAUUAGUCUCAUGUUUUUGUUUACUUACUUAAAGUGAUGACACUGUUUGUUUUGACUGUGGGACAUUCUGCUCCCCCACCCCCAACUACUCAACUUGACCAAGGCAAAAAAAUCCUGUCUUCGAUUUUGUUCAGUAAAAUCCUUUCAGAAAAACAGAAAUUAUAAACUGAAAACUUCUAAGAUGAAAUUUAUCAAUACAUUGUAUUUAAAAGAUUUAAGUGAAAGUUUGACUUUAAAGGAGUUCAUCACAAUAUUUUGUGCGCAGCUCAAUCGCGCAGCAAGCGAUAUCCACUGUAAAGUUCAGAAUUCGCCGCCGAAAGUGCAUAAUUGUCGGAUAUGAGGGCACUCGCGCAAAAUAUAUCGUAUGUACUGACAAUAUAGGUCGUGCAUCCAUAUUUUACCUUUAAAAGUGAUGGUGUUUUAUUGGAGGAGUAGUUGUAGGAAGUGCUCGAAUCGAAUACAUUGUGGACAGCCAAUUUGAAAGUAAACUAUUUCGUCCAGUAAUGAUGCAGCCGACUCCAAGUCAAAUAAAAUUCCAGAAAAUCUUAAAGUAGAUAUAUCUCCUUCAAGUUCAAAUGUGACUUCCUAAAAAUGUUGUUAUACUUUUUGUGCCCCAUCCCGAAUUUCACGUAGUAAGACCAGAGUUAUGGCCCCUGAUAGUCAAAUUGUACAUAAAGGGUCUAAACAUUUGUGUCGCAUGUACCUCAAAAUUAUAUGCGCCAAGAGUCAUGAAACCACACAAGAAUUAAAUUCAGAAUGCGAAAUUGUGCACCAGUGCUUUUAUUUGAGGUUUCACUCAAUAAAAACAGAUUUAUGUCCCUUGACGUGGUCAAAUAUAUACGUAAAUGGGAUGUGAAAGCUUGUGUAGCACGUAUCUCAAAAAGUAUUUGAUCUAGAGGCUUGCAACCUUAAAGGAGCAUUAUUCCGCAUGUGAGUAAGAAUAUUGGUUAAGGAACUGGUAAUAACAUUGUUCAAUUUGUUUUGUAAGAAAAAAAAAUGUUCAUAAUUUUUAGGUGGGUGGGGUAAUGAAAAAAUACUUUGUGGGUGGAGUGAAUAUUUUUUAAUUUUUCUUGAAAACAAGCACGGGUUGAUAUUAUUUUUUUGGUUUAGAUUUUUUUGUCUUAGUUCUAGCUUACAUAAUAUAAAAUUUGGAAAAAAUCUGUCCGCUAGAUUUUUCAUAUCAUUAAGAAAUACUUCGUGUUUUUCUCAGUUUCAGAUACUUUCGACAUCUGUCAAGAGUAAUUUUUCUGAGUUAAUAUAUCUAUAUGUUGACAUUUUAUGCAAAGUUAUAGUGGUGUUAUUAAUUCGGAUGCAUAAAAAGUAACAUCAGAAUGAAACUUCGAAUAAAUAAUUGUUUGCAGUAGUUUUAUUAUAACAUGUAUGUACUGUUUCUUCAGACAAAAAUACCGAUUUGGUGUUCUUAAUAAACUUUGAAUAUUGAAAAAAGAAGCACGGGUACCUAUUAGUUUUAUUUUUUAUUUUAACUUGUCAUACAUCAAUCUAUAAAUAUGCAAAGUUACAAAAAAUUCUGUCCGCUAGAAAUAAUUGUGAAAAACACCUUUAAUUGAAAAAAAAUCAAUUGGGGGAUUUUGUUUGUCAGCCUUGGUCAGAUUGAGCAGUGGGUGUGUUGGAGUGGAGGGGGGGUGGAGUCUGUUAGUUUUGUUAUUGUAUAGCGAUAGUUAAGAUUUAAAUUCUUUAUUUUCAUACGACUUACGAUCUUUUUUUAUGUUGCUUUUAUUUCCAUUUUAGAUGUUCACUUCUUUUUAUGCCCCCACACAUUUAUGUGGGGGGCAUAUAGCAUUGCUGCUGUCCCUACAUACGUCUCGAAAUUUUGCGCGUCCAACCCUGCCCACAGAAUUAGCCUGAUUUGCAUCAAACUUGAACAGGUGAACAAGCUUGAUGUGUAAAUGACCUUAAAGGAAGGAAUUUUUGCUGUGACUGUUUUUACUAGUUAUGGCCCUUUGAUAGUUUUUGCUAUAUUUAAUAUAGAGACAAAUCUUGUGUGUCCAACUCCUCCCACACUAUUGGGCUGAUUUGCUUCAAACUUUCACGGAUGAACAAGCUUGAUGUGCAGAUGACCUUAAAGGAAGGAUUUUUUUUGUGACUAUCUUUACUGCAGUAAUGGCCCUUUGAUAGUUUUUGCUAUAUGGAAUAUAGAGAAACAUCUUGUGUGUCCAACACCUCCCACACUAUUAGCUUGAUUUGCUUCAAACUUCCACAGAUGAACAAUGAGCAUAAAGGAAGGAUUUUUUCUGUGACUGUUUUUACUGCAGUUACAGCCCUUUGUGGUUUUUGCUAUAUAGAGGAUGGCACAGUAUGUGGGGGCAUCUGUGUCCUAUGGACACAAUUUCUUGUUAUAAUGUGUGUUUGUACUAAAUAUGCAACAUGGCUGCUUCCAUACAGAAAAGUACAACAGUUUGAAAAAAUUGAAUUGAAAAGAGUCAGGUUAAUAUUUACUUGCCCACACUGAUUUUAUCUAGCUCAGAUAGGUGUAACUGUGAAAUCAUUUCAUUUUUGCUGUCAUUAAAUUUCAUUGAUUUGAUUAAAACAGCUAUUUUGUGUGAUUAUUUCCAAUUUCAUAACUGAAAUGAAUGUUAGUUUUUUUUGUUUAUUGGGAAUAAAUUAAGUUGAUAAUGGCAACAACAAAAUCUUCGAAAAUUCCCAUUCACAAAAUCCAUGAAAAUGAGUUCCCAGCCACAAAUUCUAUGAAAAUUAGUUCCUAUAACAAUAAGUGAUUUUAGAAUAACAGUAUAUAAUAAGGACACAUGUGACAUAAUCAGACAUAAUUAUACUGUACUUGUUAUUCAUCAUUAUACAGAAGUCUGUUUUAAAACAAAUAUUCACUAUCAGUUUCAAUGUUGAGAUAAUUUUAUCUUAUAAGCUGCUUACAGAUCAACCUAAUUAGCAUUUUCACAGACAUAUUUGUAUUUCUAUCACUCUUAGAAUUCAUAUUUCAGCCAGUAAAGAAUGUUUGUCCAGAAUGCUCUUGUUUGUUAUUUUUGUUUAAGAGCAAGUUUGUGUAAAAAUGUUUGUUAUUUAUUUAUGCUUGUAAAUUUGCAAGUUUCACUGUUUGUGAAAACAAGCAAAAUAAGCAUUUGAAAGCAUAUUAAAUAUCAUUCAGUCAACUGGGAUACUGUGAAACAGAGUGUACUCUGUAUUGCACAUUGACAAUAAUUUGUAUUUUAAUUAUAAGAAUCUUAAAUGACCUGGUAGGGGAAGACUGGGGGUUUUCUCAAUUGCGGGGAUGAUAGGUUUAGUAUGAACUGAGGUUUCAGUGUUUCUUUUUAAAAAAACAUAAUUGAGCUGCGCCAUGAGAAAACCAACAUACUGGCUUUGCGACCAGCAUGGAUCCAGACCAGCCUGUGCAUCCGUGCAGUCUGGUCAGGAUCCAUGCUGUUCUCUAACAGUUUCUCUAUGGCAAUAGGCUUUGAAAGCGACCAGCAUGGAUCCUGACCAGACUACGCAGAUGCGCAGGCUGGUCUGGAUCCAUGCUGGUCGCAAAGUCACUAUGUUGGUUUUCUCAAGGCGCGGCUCAUAUUUUUGCCAGAGUUUUGUGUCAUAUGGAUGCAUCAUAUUUGAUAAGUUCUCAAUUAAUCACAUUCCCUUCAAAAGACUACUUUUAAACAGCUUAUUCAAGGAUGUAACUUUUGUAAUUAACAAAUGUACUUACACUAAUUAUAUUCAUGACAAUCCUUUCAUUAUCUGAUUCAUGCCAUCUUUAAAACAAAUUAAUUUCCUGAAAUACAAGCUGAAUUGAAGUCGUAGCUAAAUAUAUUCCUACACUUACUGGAAGUGGGAAAUAAUUUAUAAAAUGAGGUAAUUUAAUGAAACAUGAUUCCCAUUUUAUCACUAGUAUAAUUCCCAAUCUUUUUCUUCCUGCAUUGCAUAAUUUCAGGCUUGUUUUUCAUCAAAAUAAUUUCGUUGUAUAGGGAUCUACUUGCAUCCUUUAUUUGUGGUCACAUUUAAUAAGUUUACAUUCAUUUUCUGACUCGGAACAUGUAUUAUUGUGCAUAGUGUACUUGAUACAAGUUUUAAGCCCAUAUAAGUUACUAUUCAUUUAUAUACAUGUAUAAUUAGAUGUAGUGGGACAAUGUAUAUAUCAUUUCUAAGCAGACUGCACUAUUCUUUAAAAAAGGCAACUGUAACGGGUUUUUUGCAAAACUUAAAUAAAUGUUUUCUUUAUUUCAUGUUGUAUAUUUAUCUUAAUCAAAAUUUGAUAAUCUUGUGUGCUUAUUGUCCAUAAUCUUUUAGCAAAUAAGGCCAGCUUGUAAAAUAUACAGCCUACUUGCGUAUUCCGAACCAGUUUUCAUCAAAAUUAAAAUUAGACUAAUGCUUCAACAUGUACAAUAUCAUUUAUACAUAUUCAUGAAUACAUCAUUUAACUGCCAAUAAAAAACUUUUAUCUAAAUUCAGAAAUAUCGCUAACUUACGGUAAUAUUUCAAUUUUCCCGAACUUUGUGACCUCGGCUAUUCCGAAUCAUUUCCAGGCAUUCCGAAUCACUACUGACGUUACACAUUUCUACCUUUAGAUGUUUACCGACGUGAAUACUAGUUUUAAAAUGAAAUGCUCUUCGGAAUGUUAGAAAAACUUCAUGAUCAGUAGAUCACACAAAAAUUCUUUUGAAUUAAAAAAUAAGACCGUAUUAAUGAAAGCUGUAUAAUUUAUAUUUAUUGUUAACAGUUUCAACAUGGAGACAAACUGCCAUUCUGUGUAAUGCAUAGUAGCAUGUAAAAUGGUUCAGACUUUCUAUUGACAUGAGUUCAAGGCAUUUUUAUACGCCCGUCUUUGAAAGAGCGGGGUGUAUUAUGUGAACACCCGUAGCAGGCGGUCAGCGUCCAAAGCAUGUCCACUCUCUAAGUCAAACAGUUUUCAUCCGAUCCUCACUAAACUUGCUUAAAUAUGUUUGUGGGUAUAAUAUAUUGGCCAAGUUCGAUAACCACCCAAAUCGCCCCAGGCACUCUUGGAUUAUGGCCCUUGAAUUACUUGAAAAACUGCAAAUUUAGCCUUGACCGUUUUCUAAGUCAAACAGCUUUCAUCCAACGGGCAUAUUUUGUGACAGUCUGGCACUCUUUUUAAAUGAAUGGGGUAACACUAGUAAAUAUCUAACGGUGAUGAAAGGGAAAGUCAUAUAUAAACAACUAUUUGGUAUAGAAUAGAACAGACAUAAGUACCAUGAUUCGGAAUACCCCAUAUUUAAUGACUUUUGUUUAAUAUAAACAACUUUUUGCAUGAAGGCACUUUACUCGCGAACCACUGCACCCAGGACCUUCAAACUUCACAUGCUGAUAGUACUUAUUGAGUACACGACCCCUACUAACUUUGGGGUCAAAGGUCAAGGUCACCAGGUCAAAGGUCAAGACGCUGCAGGGGGGCGGCAUUUGUCACCAUUAGUGACAGCUCUUGUUUAUAUGUUAGAAUAUUUAUAUUAUUAUCUAUAGUGUAAUAGGUAUAAAUUGUACAUCAUGUCCAUGUAUUAUUUAUCAUUUUACAAAGGUGAUUCCAAAAAACUUUACAAAUUUGUGACAGAUCUCACCGGCGGCAAGUCGGAGAAUCCAAUGCCUGUUGUUGAAAAUGAAAAUACUCUAGCUGACAAAUUUGCUGACUUUUUCAUGGAAAAGAUUCAGAAAAUAUGGGACAGCUUAAAAGAUUUUGAAAACUAUAAACCAUCAAUGAGAAAUGUGCCGGAAUUUGGAAAAUUUGAUGAACUUAGUGAGGAUGAAGUUAGAAAACUCAUUAACCAGUUACAAACAAAGUUGUGUGAAAUUGAUGUUAUUCCAACAAAAGUGUUGAAGUCAUAUUUAAACGAGCUCCUCCCAAUUAUAACUAGACUAGUGAAUCUUUCAUUGAUUCAAGGAGUCUUCCCAGUGCAGUGGAAACAGGCAAUAGUUAGACCUCUGUUAAAGAAAGCUGGUCUCGAACUUAUAUUCUCAAACUAUAGGCCAGUGAGCAACUUACCAUUCUUGUCCAAAUUGAUAGAGAAAUCAGCACUGUAUUUACUUAAUAAACAUGUAAAUGAACAUAAUCUCCUUCCGAAAAAUCAGUCCGCAUACAGGCGACAUCAUUCGUGCGAAUCGGCUUUAUUGAGACUUAUUAAUGACAUCUUAGACACUAUGGAACAUCAAGAAGUGACUGCAUUGAUAGCAUUAGACCUUAGUGCAGCUUUUGAUACGGUAGAUCACGAUAUUCUUUUGGACGUUUUGAAAUGUCAGUAUGGUGUCUCUGGUGUUGCAACUGGUUGAACUCAUAUCUGAGGCCACGGAGCUACCGCGUGAGUGUGAAUCAAACAGUGUCAUCGGCACGUGAGCUUACGUGUAGUGUCCCCCAGGGAAGCUGUUUAGGGCCGUGGCUCUAUCUCACGUACGCAGGAACGAUUUUUGACAUUGUUCCCCCAUCCAUUUCCAUCUAUGGCUUUGCUGAUGACCACACCGCAAGCACACGUUUUAAGCCCGAACCAUCCAUCGAGGCUAAAUCCAUUGGUGAACUGAAGGAGUUUGCUACAGAUUCAAAUGGUUGGAUGAACAGUAACAAACUUAAAAUGAAUUCCUCAAAAACAGAACAUAUUGCUUUUGGAAGUGCCCCUCAGUUGAACAAGUUAAACAUUCAUGAGAUAGAUAUUUGUGGUGAUAAAAUCAAGAGACAGAGUAACAUCAGAUAUUUGGGGGCCUUUUUGGACGAAACUUUAACUUUCAAAGAGCAUAUAAAAAUAAAGUGUAGAACGGCAAUGUUGAACUUUUUCCGAAUCAAAAACAUUCGCAAAUAUUUGACUCAGGAUGCAACUGAAACCUUAGUGCUGUCGCUGGUUAUUUCGCAUUUAGACUACUAUAAUGUUAUUUUAUACGGUAUUUCUGAUUGUGACAUCCCAAAACUGCAACGCAUUCAAAAUAUGUGUGUGAAGUUAGUUCUGAAUCGUAGAAGAAGAGACAGUUCUAAGCAGGCACUCUACGAUUUGCACUGGCUGCCGAUCAAAGCCAGAAUAAACUUUAAGAUCUUGACGUACAUGUUCAAUUGCCAUGUUGGAAAUGCGCCUGCAUAUUUGAUUGAACUCUUAACACCGAAAAUCCCCCAGCGCUCCCUCAGAUCCUCGGAGUCAUCAGUUGAUUGUUACACCGUCCCUUUAAACAAGCGAAAAACUUUUAGUGAUAGAAGCUUUAGUACUGUCAUAGAGGGCCCUUAUCGUUCCAAGGGUGCUGGGGUCAUGACUCGGGCUCACAGGUGGUACCGGUUGAUUUUUGUAGUCUUGGGGAAAAUAGACGGGUUCGAGCUCCUGUGAGAUUCUACCGAGUGUUAUAAAUUUAAAGGAACCUCAUUUUGACAGACUUACAAGCCUUUGGUUUUAGGCUUGACCUUUAGAUAAUUGUCCACACUGCAGAUAAAACACAUUGUAACUGUUUUUGAAGUUUAAUUCAGGUUUCCCGUUUAGAUUAUAACAAGCAACAAAGAUGUAACAAAGUUCCAGUGAAUAACAAAUUUCCAAUGGUAAAGUUACCACAAUUAACAAAAUCCUGUAUUUAAAUAACAAAGUAAAGCUUAAGUGUUCCUUCAAAGUUAAAUAGGCUGACUCAAUAUAAGUCACUGAUAUGCCUCUAUUUCUGGCAAGAGAUGCCAGGAACUUUUAAAACAUCUUUACACUUUUGUGUCUAAAACUUAACUCCCUGAAUAGCAGCAAAAACUGCUUCAUCAAGAUUUGCAAAUAAAAAUAAUUAACCAAUGAAAAGAAAUAUACUUUUAUCAGUAGCCAAUCAAAUUUAAGCUUGAAAGGGCCUGGAUGACCCUCUCACAUCUAAAGCCAUAAACUAAUACCAUUAUUCAAUAUUCAAAUUAUAUCUACAUAACAACAAGCUUAUUAAAGAUACCUGGAGAUAGCAGACACACCAAUUUAUGAUAAUUGCAAUUAGCAGUUCUGGACAGGUAAUGCCAGAUGUCACAUAUCUGCACAUAAAAGUGCCAAUAUCUUAUCAUAUAGCUUGGCUUCACAUUUUGUGCAUAUUAUCUGCAUAAUAAAUCUACUGAAAAUCUUCUUAAUUUAAUAAAUGAAUAAUCUUUAAAAAAUACCUUUUUAAAACAAAUUUCUGAAUUUUAAUUUCUUGCAUAUUUCAAUUUAAAAAUAUGGCCUAAAUUUUACUGCUAUUACAGUACUAUAGGGCCAAAGUUGUGGAACAAUUUACUGCUGAACAUCAGACAAAGUUCUUCAAUUGACUGCUUUAAGAAAAUGUUGAAAACACAUUUCUUCAGAGACUACUUUGCAUUAUUCUAAGUUUUGACUGAGUUUUAAAACAGUGAUGCUAGUGACAGUGAUAGAAAUUUAAUGUUUGUCUGUGAAAAUUAUAUGUUAGAAAUAUUUUAAAAUAUACCGGUAAUAUUAUUAUUAACUUUAAAGGUGGUCAAUCACAUUUAAUCAACAUUUAAUGUCAUUUUUUACUUUUUGUAUAUUCUGGUAGAGAAUUAUUUAAGGAACAAAAAGACUGAUUACAUAGAGUUAGAUUCCUAUUUGAAAUGUAUAUUUUAUUAUUUUUAUAAAAUUUUGUAAUUACUCCCCUUUAAUAUGAAAGUAUAUAAAAAGCUG